UCCCCGCCUGUUGCUUUCAGUUCCUUGUCUCUCUUCAGCCUUAAAGGUAAAAUCUUCACUGAAUUCUGUCAUUGAUAUUUGUGAAACAGUCUGACCCCUGACCUGAAAUAAGGUUUGUGUUUGUGUGAAGAUGGCGGACCCCGAGACCCAAAACCAGCCUCUCAUCAGAGCUGACAGCCAGCAGACAGCUGUCAAUAUCCCUCCAGGACAAGAUGGCCGCUCCUCCCGGGCCUAUAAAGUGGCAGGUAUAACCCUGUUGGCCUGUGUCCUGAUUGUGGGCCAGGCGAUGAUCGCCUACUUCCUCCUCAGCCAGAGGAACGACAUCAAGUCUCUGGAGGAGCAGAGCAACAACCUGAAGGCAGAGCUGACGAAGGGAAGAUCUGUUGCCGUGCCCAUGCGGAUGCACGUUCCCAUGAACGCCCUGCCCGAGGUAAUGGAUGUCUCAGUGGACGAGGAGGCUUCCACUGGAGUCCCAGAAAACCCUACCCUUCUGCAGAGCACUGACUGCCAGCUGCAGGCCGCUGGUGUGAAGGCUCUGCCGGUGCCUGGUUUCCGCCCCGCCUGUGACGAGCGCGGCCUCUACCUGGCCCAGCAGUGCUUUAUGAAGCAAUGCUGGUGUGUGAACCCAGCCAACGGGGACCACAUCCCUGGUUCUCUGCGCAACGGACCGACCCUUUGCCAUACUUCUGUCGCCACUGGCAGCCUGAGCAAGGUGAUGACUAUGCCUGAUAUCGUUGAGUGAUACUGUGCUGGUGAAAUCUCCUCCAAAGACCAGCAACGGUUCAACUUGAAAUCAUGACUUUGCUACAACUUUGUCAACUUAUAAUCACCAUCGUAUUAUAUAGUGCUCAAGGCAAUCUUACAAUAUUAUAACCAUUUAUCUGCUUGCUAUCAGCUUAUUGGAACUCAGCUGCAACCAAUAAAUAGAGAGCUGACUUUUUGUAUUGAUUAUAUAUCAUCUUUCAGUUUUUUUAAAUGGCUGGUAAAAGUUAGGGAUUUGUUUUACAGACUUAAUGUUGUUUUAUUCAGUUUUUUCCCCAUGUUCGUUUGCUAACAAGAACCAAUUUUCUACGAUAGGAACUUUGUAAAGAGCAGAAAAAAAUAGAAUUAACAGCAUGGACUAAGGGGAAAUAUACAAUGGAGUGUGGGCAGAAUUCUUAAUAAAUUAUUAAACUAUUUAAUAUAUUUUUAUGAAGAACAAAUGUUUGGAAACAUGUAAAUGAAAACAAUCUGUCCACUGCCCCUUUACAUUAAUUUAAAGAAAUUCAUUGUGGUCACUUGAAUUUUGAAUGUUUGGCUAACGUUAUGGGGAUGAAAUAAUUUUUUUUUUUAAUAAAACACUGAAACAUCACAGGACCAGGAAUGUUUUGAGACAAUUGUACACUGUAUUGUCCCCAUUUAUUUGAACAACCCAAAUAAAUUCUUAAAGACA